ACGGCGGCGUGGGGCAGCCAUGCCGAAGGCCAAAGGGAAGAACCGGCGGCAAAAGUUCGCUUACGGCCUCAACCGCAAGCGGCUGUACCGCAGCGCCAGGCGCAAGGCCGCGCCGCGCAUCGAGUGCUCACACAUCCGCCAUGCGUGGGACGCGACCAAGUCGGUGGCGCAGAACCUGGCCGAGAUGGGCCUGGCCGGGGACCCCAACAAGGCCGUCCCCAUCGCCAAGAGGCGUCUGCAGAGGAUGGAGACGGAGAGUGAUGGACAGGAGCAGGAGAAGAUGCUGGUGCGGAAGCCCUACGUCCUGAGCGAGAUGGAAUUUGAGGCCAGUCUUCCUGAGAAGAAGUCAAAUACGCUCUCAAGAGACCUCAUUGACUAUGUGCGGUACAUGAUACAGAACCAUGGGGAGAACUACAAGGAAAUGGCUCGUGAUGAAAAGAACUACUACCAGGACACUCCCAAACAGAUCAAGAGGAAGAUCGGUGUGUACAAAAAUUUUUAUCCUGAGGAGUACAAGGAUUUUGUUGCAUCACUCAAGCAGGAGAAGAUGGAUGUGCAGUGACUGCCCCUUUUUGUCCUCCAGUUUGCCUGCAAGCACAGACUUGGUGCACCGUUUGUGAACCACAGGCAGGUGACUGUCACUUGUCGGCUGUGGCUUCUGGGUGGGCUGAGCUGUGCAAAGCUUCUGGUGAUGGAGGAAGGACCUUCAUUAGACAGUUAUAAGCAGGCACGAAAGACUCUUGACUGAGGCUUGUGGCAUGCAGACUGAAUGUGCCAUGCCACUCCCUUUUUUCUGAGUGCAAGCCAGCGCUUUUUCCACCUUGUUAAAAUAAAUUACUGCUUCAUGCUGGUGGGAA